AUGCCUAGAAUAUGCACACUAAACUAUAUUAUUCUCUGUUCAGGAGUUGUCAUAACGUCGAACCAGUUGGAUGAGAAACUUUUUCCUUACUCAAAGAGGUCUAAUGGUUCAGUUUGCGUAACGAAGGAUGGAAAAGUAACAUGUACAGAAAGCACACAUCAAAGCUUGUCAGACCCAUUUCGUUGCUUUAUGAUUUUUAAAUGUUCACUAAUUCUAUUGGCACUAUGCAGUCUUGCUAUAAUUCGUCACAGGCAUAAACGUUUAGACAAAAAACUAAUGCAGAAAGUCAACUUUCAGAUUGCAGCUGGUGUUUAG